GGAAGAAAGGAAUUCAAAUAGGGCGGGUUCGCAUUGAACCAAAGAGAUUCGCCUUUGUGGCCAUUUCUCUGGAUACAUAACAAGGCCCUAGUUGAUUGGUUAUUCUGUUUCCAACACGCGCCCUUCGAAAUGUUAUCUGCUAUUGGUCAACUCAGAAUCAUUUUUCUUUUGAUUGGAUGUAAAUCUGUGCGGUUUUCGCCGAGAGCAGUCCUCUUCCGGUGUGACUCAUUGGUGUUGUUGAAGAGACGGAUGGAGAAGACUGACCCCGCUAAUACGGUUUAUGAUGAGUUGGGCUGUUUGUUUUAAAAGCAGAUAUUGUUGUACGGCAAACUGAAAGAAUAAAGUGAAAUCGAUGAAAAGUAAAAGGACUGAACAAUCACCCGGAAUACAUAUACCUGGAACAUUUCAGCAUAUCUGACGAAGAACGAAGCUAAAAAGAUCAUUUACGAAAUAAAGUUUGCCAACAUGAGCUCCCAGCAGUUUCCGAGGUCCGGAGUACCCGCCCCUGGCCUAGGACAAGCCCAAAUGCAGGGAGCCACCACUACCAUGGUGCCUGGAACCCAGUCAAACAUAGCGGGGAGCGAGGACGGGUGCAGAGACGGCGACCACGGGCCACGUGACCACGCCCCCAGCGGAGGAGCGGCCAUGCCUUUCCGUGACGAGAAGCAGGAGACCGUGGUGGUCCGGCCCUACCCGCAGGUCCAGGGCCACGGGCAGCCUUUGACUCUGCCCCAGCACCUGAUACAGCCCGGCACCCCUGUCACCGUGUCUGCCCCGCCCGCCCACCUCACCCAAGGCCUGCCCCUGGCCUUCACCGAGGGACCCAUGAAGUCUGCCCUGAAGACGCCCAUGCCCAGCAGGCUGAUCGCCCCGGCGCCAGCCUCCAGCCAGGGCCACCUCGCGGUGCCGCCCAAGGUGCCCGGCCACGUCACCGUCACCAUGGAGAGCAGCAUGCCUCAGACCUCCGCCAUCCCCGUGGCGACCAUAAGCGGCCAGCAGGGGCACUCCAGUAACCUGCAUCACCUCAUGGCCACGAACGUGCAGAUCAUCCGGAGCAGCACGCCGGCCCUGCAGAUAGGCUCGUCCCCGGCCCCUCCGCACACCUUCACCUCCCAUUUACCCAGAGGUGCCGCCGCCGCCGCCGUGAUGUCCAGCUCCAAAGGGCCCACGGUCCUGCGGCCGGCCGCGGGGCCCAGCACGGGGGCCGGCCAGCCCGCCGUCCCGAACUUCAUCCACCAGCCCAUCCAGUCGCGCCCCGUCGUCACCACGUCCACGGCGGUGCUCCCCGCCGUGGUGGCCCCCGUCUCGGCCACCCGGGCCCAGUCCCCCGUCAUCACCACGGCCGCCACGCACUCCGCGGAGAUGGUGCACGGACGUCCCGGCCUGGCCAUGCACCCUCCCUCGACCACCAUCAGCAUACAGCGGCCCCCCUCCUCGCGGGACACCGCCACGCGCAUCACCCUGCCCUCCCACCCCGCCAUCGGGGCGCAGAAGCCCCAGCAGCCUCACACCAUGACGCAGAAGCCUAUUUUUAGCACUGUGACUCCUGUUGCUGCGGCGACAGUGGCCCCCAUCUUGGCCACCAACACUGUGCCAUCCCCCACGACUACAGGGUCCGUGCCCCACACGCAGAUGACUGCCAGUAACAUCGUCACCAUGACGAUGCCUUCUCAUUCGUCCCACGCCACGGCGGUGACCACCUCCACCAUCCCCGUGGCAAAAGUAGUGCCUCAGCCGAUUGCCCACACCUCGCCCCGAAUCCAGCCGGACUACCCCGGGGAGAGGGGGAACCUCAUCCCAAUCUCCGGCCACCGCUCCUCCCCAAACCCCGUCACCAUGGAGGCCCGCAGCGACAACAGGCAACCUGUGCCAGUGCAGUUCCAGUACUUCCUGCCCACAUACCCCUCCUCUCCGUACCCGCUGACACACACCUACACGCCCAUCACCAGCUCCGUGUCCACUAUACGCCAGUACCCAGUGACGCCUCAGGCCCCCAGCUCGGCCAUGCCGGCCCAGACGGGGGUGGGCGUGGCCUCGGCGGUCCACCUCAACUCCAUGCAGCUGAUGACCGUGGACCGGAUCACUCAGAUCAGCACGCAGGGCAUCCAGCCCGCGGCCAUGGCCGCCCAGGGCAUCCAGUCCGCACCGAUCGGGGCGCAGGGGCUGCACACCUCGGCGCCGAUCGGCACGCAGGGCAUCCAGCCGGCGCCAAUCAGCACGCAGCAGCCGCAGACGGAGGCCAAGGCGUCGGUCGUUCUGCCGGACGGCUCCACCCUGGUGGCCAACCCCAUCAAUACGUUCAGCGGCACCCAGCCGGUCACCACGGUGGUACAAACGCACCCCCAGGGAGGCGGCACCGGCGCGCCCACCCUGGUCUCCUCCCCCCGGCCCAGCAUCCUCCGCAAGAAGCCGGCCAAUGAGGGGUCCGCGGUGCGGAAGAGCCUGAUCCCAGCACAGCCAGGCGAAUCCACGAGCCCCAGGCUGGACGGCAGCAUACGGAGCGCGUCUGGGUCCCCACGGCCAGCUGGUGUGAAGCAGAAGCCUGACAUCCACGUGGCCAUCGCUCCCCCGGUGACGGCCGCCGUGGAGGCCCUGCCCAAUCAGAGCGGCGACCACCAGCAGCAGGCCCCGCCCUCGUCGGCCCAGCACCCGUCCCAGGCCGUCCCCGCGCUCCUGGCCGCGGCGGCCGCGCCCCCCUCCCAGCCCGCCGCCGCCGCGCUGUCCGCCAUCCCGGCGGCCGUGGCCGUCACCCCGCCCAUCCCCGCCUCCAUGGCCAACGUGGUGGCCCCGCCCACGCAGCCGGCGGCCAGCAGCACGGCGGCCUGCGCCGUCAGCUCCGCCCUCCCGGAGAUCAAGGUCAAGCAGGAGGUGGAGCCCGUGGACACCUCCCAGCCAGUGCCCUCGGUGACCCCCAGCGCCGCCCCCGCGCUCACCCUCAUGGGGAACUCCCUGUGCGUCGCCGCGGGCGACACCAUCCCCGGCGCCUCGCCCCGCAAGAAGCCGCGGAAGCAGCAGCACAUCAUCUCCACCGAGGAGAGCGAGAUGAUGGAGACCAACAGCACGGACGAGGAGAAGGUCACCGCCCGGCCCCUCAGCAUCCGGCCCGAGAAGCGCAAGUCCCCCCCAAAGGAGUACAUCGACGAGGAAGGCGUCCGCUACGUCCCGGUACGCUCGCGCCCGCCCGUCACCCUGCUGCGCCAGUACCGCAACCCCUGGAAGGCCGCCUACCACCACUUCCAGAGAUACAGUGACAUCCGGGUCAAAGAAGAGAAGAAGGGCUCCCUGCAGGACGUGGCCAAUCAGAAGGGCGUGGUUUGCAGGGCGCAGGGCUGGAAGAUCCACCUCUGCGCCGCGCAGCUCCUGCAGCUGACCAGCUUGGAGCAUGACGUGUACAGCCGACUCACCACCCUCCAGGAGGGCCUGAUCCCAAAGAAGAAAGGCGGGUCCGACGACGACCUCCACCGCAUCAACGAGCUCAUCCAGGGUAACAUGCAGCGCUGCAAGCUGGUGAUGGACCAGAUCACCGAGGCCCGCGACGCCAUGAUGAAGGUUCUGGACCACAAGGAGCGGGUCAUGAAGCUGCUCAACAAGAACGGCGGUGCCAAGAAGGUGUCCAAGCUCAAGCGCAAAGACAAGGCCUAAAAAAAAACCAGCCGCCGCCCCGUUUCUUCCAACCUCCCGUCCGUCGGGAGGAAGACGGCGGUUCCCAGGAUCGCGGUUGUUCCGCCGAGCACAAUCACACCGGCCGCCAAAAGAGAAAAAAAACUGAACGAAAGGACAGCGGGGAGACGGCGGGAUUCCGCCUUGGGGGCUCUGGCCGGUAUAGGAACCCGUCGAUUUGUAUUUUUUACCGGACAAAUGGCUCCGCUUCCAUCACCUUAAAAGCCGGACGUUUAGAGAUGGGGCCAAUCCAGACCUUGGUUUCCAUUUCUCCGCCAACGUUGCAUUUCAAUCAAGGAUUUAAAGAGCUUUUGUCCUUUCCUCUUGCCUGCCUCUGUCGGUGACAGAGCCGGUAGCACUUCUUUUGUGGGUGAGGACAAACACCGAAUCUGCCACUGGCGUGAUUUGUAAGCGUUGGAAAGAGCACUAGGUGGUGCUAGCAGUCUUAACUGUUCACCUGAACCUUAAGGAGCCAGCAGCGGACACUGCUGAUCGUCUUCGCCUGGCAAAACUCCUCUCUUCUGAAAGAAGCUUUCCGUGUCUCCGUCUGCCCCAGUUUUGUUAGACGUCUGACAAAUUACCUGUCCCCUUAAUUUUGAAAAAUUCCAGGAACUCAGAUGAGGGUAUUAGGCUUUGAUUUUCAAGUGCUCCCCCCCCCCCCCCCUUUUGCCAAUAAGUAAUCAUGAAACCAUGACUCUGCCACGAUUUGUCCUAGUUUCGGUUUCAUGUGAAGGUUUCAAUUUAAAAUAAAGCCUAGGUUCAGAAGGCCGUGGGGUGUGGCCUGACGUUCUGAACAGAAGCACAGGAACGAAGCAUUGGAAAUGGUCUGUUUUUCAAACUUAACGUGAGGUUGGACAUGCGGAAACCUUUAUGCUUUUGGGCCUCUCCCCUAGAACACUUACAAUAAGCUACACCCAUAGCAUAUUCAUUGGCAAAUGUACUUGGUUCCCCUCCAGAAUCAAUGUGAGCCUUGAGUAUGCCAUGAAUUGGUAACGUGAUGUUGCCGUACACCCGUAUUUGCACUCCCGCUGCUUUCAGAUUGACGUGGAACACCAAAUCAAUAUUGUAUAUUACAUCACUGUUGGCUCUGUUGAGGAGUCGUAUAGCGGGCAGUUGUUUUGGCCCUUUUUGUUCUGUUUUUUUUUCGACAAUACAGGCAGAUUUGCCUUAUAAAGGGAGAUGCUGACUUUGAGGUGAGAUCUGCUUGGUUGUCGAAUGUCUCUCCUUACGAAAGCUGCGUGGGGAGUAUUUCACUGUCAACAGGUGGAUAACAUGAAAAUCAUGUUUAAAAGUAGAAACAUUAUAAAGUGACUAUAAAAGAGAGCAAGAAAAGUUAAAUCUAUAUAAUAGGAAUGCCAAAAAUGAGCAUUUCUUUUUAUGUUAUGUGUUUAAAAAAAGAAGCUAAAUAAAAGUAGGUUUUUUUCGUCUUGUAAAUGAAAAUGAGUUUUAUUCCUUGUUUUUCUUUUGUAUUUUAUUAAGUAGUUCACUCGUACUGUUUUGAAGCAUUUGAUUUUGACUGUGCCCUGUAAUUUUGCUGAUGGUUGGUGUAUGUUUAUGCUGUUGUCACCUUAAAAUCGGAACCUCUGUACAUAGGUUUUCUGUGUCAUGAGAUUAUACUCCCAUUGCUGCAGUAAAAUGCUUUGUACAUUU